CUUGCCUGCCUAGCCUCUUUUCUCGCUGCACAGAUCUAACCCCCUUGUUCCAUCUUGCCUCAUCAUCGAUUUUUUGACAAUAUGAUUUGAGUGCCAAGUGACCAAUUAUAUCUCUUAGCACCCACUCUAUAGCUGCCACAUUCGACAACCAGAUAAUUCAAUCAUUUUGCAACCAUUAUUUGUUGACGAUCGAUACAACUACCCAAGGAGAAGCCGCUAUGGACGGGAGGCUCCUGGAAGCAGCCAUAUCUGGUGAUGCCCAAACAAUGAAGCUCCUGGCUCUGAAUGACCCGGGUGUGCUAUUUGGGACAACUCCAUGGGGGAACACCUGUCUCCACAUCGCCUGCAUCCAGGGCCACGAGGAAUUCUGCAAGGAAGUCCUGACGCUGCACCCAUCUCUUCCUCUCCUCUCUGCCAUGAAUAUGGAUGGCGAGACGCCGCUGCUCACCGCCGUGACAAGGGGCCGUGCCUCUUUAGCCUCUGCUCUACUCAGGUGCUGCCGUGACCAGCAUCUGAGCGAGACGAUCUUAAAGCAGGACAGGUUUGGAUGCAAUGCGCUCCACCACGCUGUCCGAAGAGGAGAAAGGACGCUCGCGCUCGAGCUGAUAGAAGCUGAGCCUGCCUUGUCGAAAGCUGUGACCAAAAUCGGCGAGUCACCCAUGUUCAUUGCGGUGAUGAGAAAUUUCACAGAUGUGCUCGAUAAAUUGUUGGAGAUCCCUGAUUCGGCUCAUUCGGGAGCCUUCGGCUUCAAUGUUCUCCAUGCUGCCGUCAGAAACGGCAAUCCAGUUAUGGCCAAAAGGGUUAUGGAGAAACAUCCUUUGCUAGCCAGACAAGAAAAUGAGAAUAACAAUACUCCUAUGCACCUGGCUGCAUUUGAGGACAAGCUUGAUGUGUUUACAGUAUUGUUGGAACAUGAUCGGUCUUUAGGAUAUUUAAUCUCCACGGUUGGUGCGGCCCCUCUCCUUUGUGUCGCAGCAUCUCAGGGCCAUGUUGGUAUUGCUCGGGAGCUUCUUAAACAAUGCCCUGAUGCCCCCUACAGCGAUGCAGAUGGCUCCACAUGUCUUCACAUAGCUCUAUUAUAUGAGCGCGCAGAGUUUAUUGAGUUUGUUCUGGGGUCUCAACAGCUUCGGCACAUCAUUAACAUGGCAAAUAAUAAGGGAGAAACUGCUCUGCAUCUCGCGGCCAAAAAAUAUAUGAUGAAUAUUAUCGCUGCUCACCCAGACAUAGACGUCACAGUGCUUGACAACGCCGGUAACCAAGUCAAGGCUUUACCCUCGAUGGAUGACAAUACAGCUCCGACUAGUUCCUCACCUGGACUAUCUGCAAUGGAUGGGCGUCUUCAGGAAGCAGCGGCCGCUGGUGACUCCGUAGUAAUGCGGCACCUGGCUACGCAUGACCCAGACAUGUUGCUCGGCACAACUCUGCUGGGAAACACCUGCCUCCACAUCGCUUCCGCCCAUGGCCACGAGGGCUUCUGCAAGGCCGCCCUGGCUCUGAAGCCCUCGCUCCUCGCUGCCGUCAACUCGGACGGCGAGACGGCACUGCUCACCGCCGUGGCAAGCGGCCGUGUUUCUUUGGCUUCUGUUUUGCUCAGGUUGUGCCGCGAGCAGCGGCUAAGCGAGACCAUCUUGAUGCAAGACAAACAUGGAUGCAACGCACUGCAUCACGCCGUGCGUGGCGGACACCGGAAGCUUUCGCUCGAUCUGAUAGAAGCAGAGCCUGCCUUGUCAAAAGCUGUGAACCAAUACGCUGAGUCACCCAUGUUCAUUGCGGUGCUGAGAAAUGAUGCGGAGGUCUUCGAGAAACUGCUGGGGAUUCCGGAUUCUGCUCAUGGCGGAGCCGAUGGCUGGAAUGCUCUGCACGCUGCCGUCAGAAACGGUAAUUCAGCCAUCGCUAAAAAGAUUAUGGAGACACGUCCUUGGCUGGCUAGAGAAGAAAACGAGCAAAUGGGUACUACUCCAAUGCAUAUGGUGGUACUAUGGGGCAAGACUGACAUGCUAACAGUUCUUUUGGAACAUGAUCGGCAUUUGGGGUAUGUCAUAAAUAAAGUUGGCACCCCUCUCCUUGUUAUUGCUGCAGGCCGAGGCCAUGUUGGUGUUGCUCGAGAGCUUCUUAAACAUUGUCCAGAUGCCCCCUCCUACAACCGAAUAAAUGGCUGGACAUGCCUGCACCAGGCUGUAGCGUACGAACAGACGGAGUUCGUAGAAUUUGUCCUUGGAUCGCCACAACUUGGUAAACUCGUUAACAUACGACGUAAGAAUGAUGGAAGAACCGCUCUGCAUCUCGCUGUCGAGAAGUGCAAUCCGAAGAUGGUCGCUGCAUUACUGCGUCACCCAGACAUAGACGUCACAGUUAUGGAGAACGACGGUGUCCCAGCUGCCUGGCUAUUAUUUGAUGCCACUGAUCAUGCCAAGACAUUAAACUGGAAUGAAGUGUUCAUGCUUAUGUCGGAAGCUGAUCCUCAAGACGCAGGAUCUAUUUAUAAUCUUCACAAGGAAGCCAAGGAUAAAGUGACAAACUUAUCAAGAAAGGACAUCAAGUCACUGACUCAAACAUACACAGGCAACACUUCCCUAGUGGCGAUCCUAAUCGCGACGAUUACUUUUGCUGCUGCUUUCACUUUGCCCGGAGGAUACAGCAAUGAUGCUGGAGGCGAGGGGCUUCCCAUCAUGGCAAAGAAGGCUGCAUUUCAGGCAUUCUUGAUCUCUGACACCAUAGCAAUGUGCUCCUCCCUUGUUGUUGCCUUCGUAUGCAUCAUAGCCAGGUGGGAGGAUCUUGAGUUUUUGCUUUACUACAGAUCUUUUACAAAGAAACUUAUGUGGCUUGCGUACGUGGCAACCACAACAGCAUUUGCAACUGGUUUAUACACAGUUCUGGCUCCUCGUCUCCUAUGGCUGGCCAUUGCGGUUUGUGUUCUGACGGGUUCAUUGCCCAUUUUUACUAAGCUGCUAGGAGAAUGGCCCAUCUGGAAGUUGAGGUUUCGUCUGGGUUGGAAGUUAAGGUUUUGUCUGGGUCGGAAAUUCCAGUCUGAUCUCCUUAAUAUGGUCUAAUCUCUUUUGAUUCGAUUACUAGUUCUAGAAACAUUCUUGUUUUAAUUAGGAAAGAAAAUAAGAAGAAUCUGUAUGUUGCAUGAUAAUAGGCUGAUGGCAAUUUCAUGGAAUCCCGAGCUAUGUACUUUGACCAUUCUGACUAUGUCAACCUUGAUCUUAUGCAUGAUCUUUUUGUUCCAACUUGAA